CCCUGUCGCCCCGGCCGGCGCUGGGCGCUGCCCCCAGGAUCGUGGCCCCGCAGCUGAUCGUGAGGCCGCCUCAGCAGACCACCAUCCAGCUGCCCCCCGGCUUCACUAUCCCGCCCGGUAUGGUCUUGGUGCGCACGGAUGCUGGACAGCUUGUAAUGGUGCCUCAGCAGGCUCUAGCACAGGCUCAAAUGCAGGCUCAAGUACAGACACAGGGACAGGGUCCUGCCAGCAUUUCGCCUAGACUUUCAGUGCCCACAACUGGCCCUGUUUUUCGCCUAUCAACAGCUCAGCAACCAACUUCUGUAGCCACAUCUACUGUCCGCCUAGGACUUCCAGUGCAAGCCAAAGUUGUUCAAUCAACUGCUACACCUGUCAGUGCUACGUCUGCUGCAACUCUGCCAGGAGGCUCUAUUCUUUCACAUACCACAGUAUCAGUAGCUACAACGAGCACUCAAAAUUUAUUCAAGACAACAGUAGCAACUGGAACAUCAGCCUCUCAACAACCUGCGGUAAUUACUGGUGGACAUACUCAAGCUUCAGCACAAAACCAGGGUCAGCCUCGGCUGCCACUUCCACCUCAUACAACAGCACAAGUACCAGCACAGCCCCAGGUCAUACCAAGCUCUCCUGUACCUGGAACUACAGUUGUGUCACAGGAAAUGCAAGAGAACGUGAAAAAAUGCAAAAACUUUUUAGCUACCCUUAUAAAACUUGCUUCUCAUAAUUCACCAUCUCCAGAAACAUCUCGUAAUGUGAAAGCUCUGGUUCAAGAUUUGUUGGAUGCAAAGAUUGAUCCAGAAGAAUUUACAGGCCGUCUUCAGUCGGAACUCAAAUCAUCUCCUCAGCCAUAUCUUGUACCUUUCCUUAAGAAAAGUCUACCUGCAUUGAGACAAUCUUUACUGAAUAGUCAACAUUCAGUUUUGCAAGGACAGCCGUCUCAGCAGUCACUUCAACAAACCAAGCUAUCACAAGUUAUACCUCAAUCUGCCUCUGGAAGCAUUUCCUCUGUUGUCACAACGCAGACAAUAGGAAUAAGGCAACCAAACAACAUUUGCACAGUCUCUGUAUCAAAUACAGUGCAGCCUCCUCAGGUUAAGGUGGUACAGUCAAAUCAGAGUUCUCAACUGCAGAUUAUCCAGUCAACAUCUGCUCAAACUGUGAAACGAAACCCUGCUUGCCAGACUACCCAGAUUAGGAUGCCAGUGGUAAUAACUCAGACCAUUAGACCACAAGGCACAGUAGGGAAGGCACCAACAAUACAAGCCAGCAAAAGUCCUGGGGGCUUUGGUGUUCAGGUCUCUGCAAAUCAGAAAAACAAGCUAAAUGACCCUGGAGGUGGUUCUUUCAGAGAUGAUGAUGACAUCAAUGAUGUUGCCUCUAUGGCUGGCGUUAAUCUUAAUGAAGAAAGUGCCCGAAUUAUGGCUACCAACUCUGACUUGGUUGGAACCCAGAUACAGUCCUGUAAAGAUGAACCCUUUCUUGCUGCUAUACCGCUACAUAAACGCAUACUUGAAAUGGCUAAAAAACUAGGAAUUACUGAUGUGCCAGCUGAGGUGGUUACUUUUAUUUCCCACGCAACACAAAACAGAUUAAGAACAGUGAUAGAAAAAGUAACAGUGAUAACCCAGCACCGAAUGGAAUCGUACAAAGAUGAUGAAUGGUAUGAACAAGCUACAGACGUCCGAUCACAGUUAAAGUUUUUUGAACAGUUGGAGCGUUUAGAAAAGCAAAGGAAGGAUGAACAAGAGAGGGAAAUCUUGCUAAAGGCUGCCAAGAGUCGCUCAAGGCAAGAAGACCCAGAGCAAGCUAGACUGAAACAAAAAGCAAAGGAGAUGCAGCAGCAAGAACUUGCACAAAUGAGGCAGAGGGAUGCCAAUCUAACUGCAUUGGCAGCUAUUGGUCCCCGGAAGAAACGGAAGCUUGAUUCACCUGGACUGCUUACCAUAGGAGGAGAGGGUCUCGGUAUGUCUGGUGGAAGUCAGGCUGGCUUGGGGACUCCUUCAUCCAGGCAGUAUGCACGACAGAAAAUAACGCGCGUAAACCUCAGGGACUUCAUCUUCUACAUGGAACAGGAAAGAGAAACGAGCCAUUCUCUCCUGCUCUAUCGAGCUCUGCUUAAAUAAAGCCAAGAAUUGUACUGAUUUCUCCAUACAGAAGCUCAACUUGCAUUGAAAAGCUGUCAUUUUAAUGUGCCUUCUAUUUUUUUCAGAAGUCAAUGUUUCAGUAAUUUUGUUUUGUAAAAUUGUCAGACACAUGCAAUAAAUUCCCUUUAUGUAAAAAAAAAAAAAAUCACAAAAAACAGAAAAAAAUGUGCAAAAGGUUUCAAAAUGUUAAAUCCACAGACACAACCAACAUCAAAGUCUUGCUCCAUUUGGCCAUUUUAGAUAAGGCUGAAGUAGAUGGCGUGGAAGUUACACAAAUGGAAAGACUGCUGCAAUGGCUCACGUAAACUAUCUCACGGCAAGGAGGAUUGGGACAGGUUCACAGGAUUGGGACCUAACCAUGGUGUUAACCUGUAUGUUCACUUACGGUGCUGGUUUUGUUUUCUUCUUCGUUUUACUAGCGCUGUUUCCACUGACUAACCAUUGUGAUACCUGUUGUUAUUUUAGAUUAGUUAUAUUGCAGUUUUUUGCACAGCUAAGAGAAUCGCCACUCCACACUCUCACAAAUUUUAUAUAUUUAGGAUUUCUGCUUUUACUGCACAGCUCAUUUCCCGAGCCAUUUGCUGAACCAAAUCCUAAGUGUAUGAAAUCUGUGCGUUUGGGUCCCAGCUGAGUUACCUUGACUAGCUUCCAGUUGUUUUCUAAAUCUCUUCAACCUUUUGCACAUUUGUAGCAACUGGUUAGUAACAUGAAUCAAAGUUGGGGUUUAUUUUCUAAAAAAUAUCUUAAUUUAUUUAUUGCAAAGAGUAUGGUUUAAUGGUGGUUUUAAAAGAGAGUAUUGUUCAGUAAAGAUUUUAGAGUAUUCUAUAUGGAUUUUUAGAGUCGCUGUAAAGGAAUUGGGGGGGGCCGGUUCCGCUCUUAGGAGAACGACGGGCGCAGGGGCGAGCGAGCCCUGGCAGCCCGGUGCCGGUGCCGCCAGGCGGUCAGGGCAGCGCCGCAGGGACUGGCCAUGCCUUUGCCUUGGACGAUUGGACCCGGGGACUCCAGUCCGGAGAGGCUCAUGAACAAGCGCAUGACUUCAAGCAUAAUGAGUAGUUUUAAGUACUUAAAGGUGGGAUGAAUGCUUUUUAAAUGCUUUGCUGAAUUGGAAUUUAAGGGGCCCACACCAAAGCCAAGCGAAGUUAGUGUGAGUCUUUUAAAUGGAUAUCGGAUAGGAAUAUUAAGCAGGCAGGUGGGCACAAGUUGUACUUCAAACAUAACAGUAUUAUCAGUAACCAUGGAAGGGAGACAUUUGCUUAUUUAUCUUUUCAAUUUUUACUAUGUUACGCUUGCCACUUUUUUGAGGCAAUAUUUUUUUUUUUGAUGGGAAACCAUAGCGAAAGCACAAAUAGAACUAUUUGUCCAAUAGUUUUAAAAACAAAAGUUUUAAUUAUUUUUUAAGGUUUAUGAAAAGCAGAAGAAAAUUUAUACUGCUGCUAUUUAGCCAAAAGAUUAUUCAUAAGGUAUUUAAGGCCAGGAAGUGUAAAAUUAUGUUUUAAAUGUAUUGAUAAUUUGUACAUAUUGUUUAUAAAGGCCUUGUGUUUAUUAGAAUUACGUUAUUUUGAUGAUUUCUGUACAUAGUCGUAAAUACCCCCAAUUUGUGUGAAAACAUACUCCCUUAUUUGUACUUAUUUUGUAAAGAAAUAAAACAAUUUACUAAAGUAACACAUCGAGCGACAUACAGUAUUAAUUUAUCAAACAUGAAUUUCACAUUGUCUUGUAGUUCGUAAGCACUGUUCAGAAACAUUUUGCAUUAAAAUAUUAACAGAAUACCCACAAAGAAAUAUUAAAACCAAAUACUUCAAUGUUUUGUUGUGCUGAUUCUUAUCCUUUGUCAAACAUCUAAUAAAAUUGUCAACAAACCUCGAUGCUAUUAAUACAGUGAAUGAAUGCACUCAGCAGUUGCUUUCUCAAAAGCGAUUAGUCCAAUAAGCACAACAUAACAUUCUCGCUUUCUUUCCGAGACUUGGGAGCACAGUGGUGUAACAGGGUUGUACAGAAAGUGCUAGUGAAGACUCACGUUCUUCAAGCCACAGUUUCAGUGCUCAGCAACAGAGAGUCAGAACAAUUUUGUUCAAUCGAAUUAGGUGAAAAACCAGGCUACGUUUGCUUUUUGGCCUUCGUAAGAAAAACAUUUGCUGGCUGCGCACCACAGCUUUACUGGAGUUUCUAUGGUAUUUUAAAACCUGUUUUAGCGAUGCCGAGCAAUGUUCUUAAUUAAGUUACGUUGCUAUGGUUUAAGGCCAGAAGUAAAAAUUCAAAUCAGUUUUUGCUGAUAUUGCU